AUGGCCUUCAAGAACGGACUUAGUGAACGCCUCGAUGAGCUGCGAUUUCCAUCCCCGCGAUCCCCUACUUCAGAGUCCCCGUUUCCCGGAUACAAUUCAAUCUCGCCAGGCCAUUCAAACCUCGUGUCGGCCUUUUCGAGGCCCUCGGGUGAUGUCCGUGCCAACCUUCAACGUCGCUUCACUACAGACUCUAGCAAGCUCUCAUCCUGGAGUUAUUUGAACCAUGUUGGAAAUAACUCUCAGAUACAGGACCCCUUAGAUUUGUUGUCAUCGUUUGAAAAGAAGCGUCAGCACAUCGAGUAUAUGCGGGAGCAAAAGAGGAGGUUUGAAGAGGAUAUGAAGCUCCUAGACAAGGAGCAUGAGAAAGAGAGGUUAGAGAUGGACCGAAUUGCAAAGGAUCUUGCCAAAGCUGGCAUAUCUGGUCCCGUGAGUGAGCCCACGACUCCUCCUGAGUAUCGUGAAAACAGCUUCUCAGGUGGGUUCACUCGGCCUACACGCUUCUCAACCUCAUCUGUUACAUCAUCUCCCGGGUUCUUCAAUGUAUUCGCCCCAUCCCAGGCAACCACUCCGCAGGGCCAGGUGAAUCAAGCGUCUGCACAAACUCCUACAAACCGCUUCUCAGUGCAUUCUGUUCCCGGUUCUCGCAGAAACUCUGAGAAAGAGGAUUUUGGCCAAGAGCCUACAUCUCCUUUCCGCCCUGGACCUGCAAUCCAUCGCUAUUCAAUGCCAUCUGCUGGCUUUGGAUCUCAACUUCGUCCCAACAUUUCUGGCUUCAACAAUACGUCUGGGUUGGAGUCUUUCAACGCUCCUAAAUACCUGUUCCGUAACGAGGACGAUAGAGCAACUUUGAAGGAAGAAGAUCGGAUUCCAACUCCCGAUAUCAAAAGUUAUCUUAAGUUGACCGACCCUGACGACAAGUUUCCUACAUUGUCGCGCAGGGACGACUCAGGAUUGUUAUCUGCAAACUCAGAUGCUUUGGACUUGGCUAAUUCUCGCACCCCAAACCCCGAGACGUGGAAUUCUCAUAGCCGCCAUCGAUCUUCUCAUCAAAGCAUGCCCCAAAACGCUCUGAACAUGUUCCGGCUCGAGCAGCUUGGUAGUCCUACCAACGAGGGACAUUCUAACGUAUCCCGACACGCUGCUCGUCACUCUCUGGAGGCAAACCUUCUUUAUAGUGCUGAGGGAAACCAUGAAGGUAUGACUGCAACUUCUUCAAACCGUCCAAAUUCUCUACAGUCGUCGUACUCCACCAACGAUCUCCCUACUGUCAAGGGCGAUGCGUUCAACCCUGCCAUCACCCCGCCAAAGACCCACGCGGAACAAUUUCAGCAGCACAACGCCAAUAUGGGCCGAAUCCCUGCGAAUGGUGUUAAUCCCCGUCUGCAGAAGGAUUCACCUGAGCGUGAUGACCCAAGCAUGCAGGGAUCUCGGUCUCAGCCAACUGCUCUAAAGCCAAAUGCAACACCCUUUGGGCCUCAGCUCAGUUCUGGUGCUAAUACUAGCGCUAUUACUCCGGCUUCUUUGGCCACUUUUCAGCAGCCCUUUUACGGGUACGGCGUCCAGGGGUACAUGGGUAACACACUUCCAGUAAAUGGACAACUUCAGAACUACAAUCCUGGUGCUUCUUAUGGCGCAUUUCCUGCCUUUGGCAAUUACCGUCUUGCUGAGGGACCAGCAAAAGCUAUGGGAUCUCGCCGCAGUAAUGGUGAAGGAGAGUCAGCCCAGCUAUCUCGCUUUACUAACUUUCCAUUGGAGCACUAUCGGGGUGAGCUGUACAGCCUCUGUAAGGAUCAACAUGGGUGCAGAUACUUGCAGCGGAAACUCGAAGAGCGCAAUGCGGACCACGUCCAGAUGAUUUUUGACGAGACACACGUACAUGUUGUGGAGCUAAUGACCGACCCUUUCGGCAACUACUUGUGCCAGAAGUUGCUCGAGUACUCCAACGAUGAGCAACGCACAGCUCUAAUCAACAAUGCCGCACACCAGCUAGUCAAGAUUGCGCUGAACCAACAUGGCACUAGGGCUUUGCAGAAGAUGAUAGAAUUUAUCUCAACUUCCGAACAGACGCAAACUGUGAUUCAUGCUUUGGAGGACCACGUUGUGGAGUUAGUUCAGGACUUAAAUGGUAACCACGUGAUUCAGAAGUGCCUGAACCGCCUCUCUGCGGAGGAUGCUCAAUUCAUCUACGAUGCGGUGGGCGCUAACUGUGUUGUCGUCGGCACCCACCGUCAUGGAUGUUGCGUUCUUCAGCGAUGCAUUGAUCAUGCCUCUGGUGAGCAGAGGGCUCGUCUCAUCGCCCAGAUCACCUCCAAUGCCUUUGCGCUCGUCCAGGAUCCUUUUGGAAACUAUGUGGUGCAGUACAUUUUGGAUCUCGCCGAACCCCAUUUCACCGAACCUCUUUGUCAGACGUUCCGAGGGAAUAUCCCGGCUCUGUCCAAACAAAAGUUCAGCUCCAACGUAAUUGAGAAAUGUCUCCGCACUGCCGAUGGUCCAAUUCGAGGCCAGCUGAUCGAUGAGAUGCUCGCGGGCGCUGAGCUAGAGAAAAUGCUCCGAGACUCCUUCGCUAACUAUGUUGUGCAAACUGCUAUGGACUUCGCAGACAGCGAAACCCGAGCUCGGCUUGUCGAUUCGAUUAAACCAAUCUUGCCUUCUAUCCGUCAGACGCCCCAUGGCCGUCGUAUCGCCGGAAAGAUGAUGGCGGCUGAAGGCUCGGGGAGGGGAAGUGCUACAACUAGCGGACAGGUUACUCCGAACGAGAUGAAUUCGGCUCAGCUUCCUGGACCCUUGCAAGGUAACCAGAAGCCUUUCUUGUACCAACAUCCCUCCUUUCCCAUCAGUGGUGCCCAGUUCGGCCCCGGCUCUGCAACUAAUACUCCAUCGGGGGGACCGAGCGAAAACUCCGGGAUUUUCACUCCUGCGGUCCAACACCCCAAUGCUAAUCUAGGUGCCCAGGGUCAGCUCCCCUCAACAUUAGUUGUGCAUGGUAUAUCUGCCACAUGCAAAUCGACCGUAGUUCGCGCCGUUCUUUCCGCCCUCGAAGUCCCGCACGCCAUUGUCCGGAGCACAGAGUGCAUCACAGGCCGUCAUCUGUUAACAAAGAUACUAUGGGCAACUUUAGAAGCAUUAGGGAUACAGGAUGAGUGGGAGAAAUAUGGUAAAGGACGAUGUGAGCAUGUCAGUACGCUCGCCGUCCUUCUAAGCGAAUGUCUGGCAUCAAAAUCUGGCAAAGCGACUAAGUUCGUGCUUGUUUUGGAUGGGAUCGAUAAGCAGCGAGAGGCAUCACAGACCCUGUUAUCCGCGCUAGCAAGGCUAGGAGAAAUAAUCCCAUGUCUCUCGGUUGUUUUGGUCCUCAGCGCUACUCCACGACCACUCUUUUUGCAAGCCGCAGGUGUUCCGCACAUUAGCUUUCCCCCGUACACUCGCAACGAAGCGAUUGCCAUUAUCCUAAACUCACAACCGCCUACAGUUACUGGUCUCUCUGAUGAAGUGUCAUCCAACUUAUACCUCCAUUUUGUUUCAGCUAUCUAUGACUCCUUAGUUGGACCUACGGCUAGUUCGAUUCCUACCUUCCGGUCUAUCUGCGAGAAACUCUGGCCCCAGUUUAUGUCACCUAUCACAAACGGGGAGGCCCCUCCCGGGGGCAAUGAAGAAUGGGACUUUUCUCGACUCUUACUCAAGAACCGUGGUCUCUUUCGACACCAUGGAGAAGCGGCACUUGUGCAUCAUAUAGUCACCGAGGAGCCAACAUCUUUCGCGAAUGGUUCGGCAUCAAAGCCGACACCGUUAGCUGUGUCUGCCCCUUCACCCCUUCCCUCCUUACCAUAUCUCCCGACAUUGAUCCUAACAUCCGCGUACUUGGCCUCCCAUACCCCCCAAAGGCUGGAUACGAUCUUCUUCUCAAAAUUUUCAUCGUCCUCUUUAUCAGCGCGGAACAAGCGUGCCCAUCAUCGACGACGUCUAAAGCUCUUGUCAAAGGCGCAAGCGGAGGAUGCUCGAAAUGCCAGCAAUGAUCCCUCCACCCCCAGCAAAAGAGGCAAGAGACAAAAGACUCGCAUCACUAAGUCGACACUAGAAUCUGCUUUUGCCACUUCUUCUGCUACAACAUCAGCCGCUGGGGCCACCGGUAUCACCGGCCCAUCCACUAUUCUAACAGCCCGCCCAUUCCCCUUAGAGAGAUUAAUAGCCAUCUAUCACGCCAUUGAUCCCAACCCGCCGGCAAAUCCAAUACGUCAAGCGGCAGUCUCCGAUGCAAUAUACGCGGAACUUGCCACACUGCGUCGACUACGGCUUGUUGUUCCUGCUGCUGGUCGCGAAAGCGGCAGUCGCAUGGGACUAGGUUCAGGUGGGUUGAAUAGCGGAAACACCACAUCCGAUGCUGGUGAAAGAUGGUGUGUUAAUGUCUCCGGCGACUGGAUCGGGGAAUUGGCCAAGACAAUCGGUGUGGAAGUUGGUGAAUGGUUAGCAGGCGGCUUGGAUUAG